UGAAUGUGUAUCCAUGCAUGGUGCUUUCAACUCGUAAAUCAAACUCUAGCUAGGGUUAAGGUUGCACUGAAAAAUGAAGGGUUUCAGUGAGUUUACUUUUUUGUCAGUUGUUUUGGUCUUUCUGUGGUUAUGUGCUAAGGCUUGCUCACAGCCACAGCAACUCCAAGUGCCUUGUUUCUUCAUAUUUGGUGACUCUUUGGUGGAUAAUGGAAACAACAAUAGGAUUCUUACGCUUGCUAGAGCCAAUUACAGGCCUUAUGGCAUUGACUUUCCACAGGGUACCACUGGCCGGUUUACUAAUGGUCGAACUUACGUCGAUGCACUAGCUCAACUUCUAGGGUUUCCAAAUUACAUCCCACCCUAUGAAAGGACUAGGGGCGCUGCACUGAUUAGGGGAGUGAAUUAUGCAUCAGGGGCUUCUGGCAUCCGAGACGAAACAGGAACUAAUCUGGGAGAUCACGUGUCGAUGAACCGACAGUUAGCCAACUUUGCAAGUACAGUGCAAGAGAUGAGGAGGCUCUUCAGAGGAAACAACAAUUCCCUCAGUAGUCAUCUAAGCAAGUGCAUCUUUUAUUCUGGGAUGGGAAGUAAUGAUUAUCUUAACAACUAUUUUAUGCCUGACUUCUAUACAAGUAGUUCAGAUUUCACAGUACAAGCUUAUGCUGCUGUACUUCUUCAGGACUACUCACGCCAGCUCACUCAAUUGUAUAGUUUGGGAGCACGGAAGGUGAUUGUAACUGCAGUUGGCCAAAUUGGUUGCAUACCAUAUCAACUUGCAAGAUAUCAUGGUAAUAGCAGCCGCUGCAAUGAAAAAAUCAAUACUGCAGUCUCUCUUUUCAACACAGGGCUCCGGAAACUUGUUGAUAUUUUCAACGGAGGCCAGUUACCUGGAGCAAAGUUUGUGUACCUAGACUCAUAUCAGAGCACAAGCGAUUUAUAUCUGAAUGCAUCCAAUUAUGGAUUUGAAGUGAUAGACAAGGGAUGCUGUGGAGUGGGCAGGAACAAUGGGCAAAUUACUUGUCUUCCUCUUCAACAACCAUGUCAGGAUCGUCAAAAGCACUUGUUCUGGGAUGCCUUUCAUCCAACCGAGGUGGCAAACAUUUAUUUCGCCAAGACUUCAUACAGUUCACAAACAAAGUCGUACGCAUAUCCAAUUAAUAUACAACAAUUAGCAAUGCUCUAAUAGAUUUGGAACUCACUCUGUGUCUCCUCUGAAUUGGUAUUGCUAGUACUGAUGUUCUUUAUGCCUAGUCAUUUUCUGCAAAUUCUUGCUUUUGUAGUAAACUCAUGAAUGUACUUGCUUAUUAAAUCAUCAGCUGAAUUUUUCUGUUCUACUUAAUGAAAUUAAGUCAAGUAAUGCCCAUCUUAUAGA